AUGUACGCUUCCAAUGUCGCUCUCUACUCUUUAAUGCCGUUUCUGUCUCUCGUUCAAUCAGUCGCAGCCGACACCUGCUCUCAAGUUAACGCACUCAAUACUGUAGAGCUCAAGCGUCAACAGUCGAUAGAGUAUUUCCAAGAACAGCAAAACUACUGGUCCACCGGCUGUGGAGCGCUCAAGCCAUCAUGUAUUCUCGGCUUUGCCUCCAUCUCAAAGGGCCCACUAAUCUCGACGAAAGAACUCAAUGAAGUCACUUUUCAUCCUGAGUCUAUGACUGUGACGGUCGGGCCAGGGAACGAUUGGCAAGACGUGCAUAAGGCUCUCGAAGGCACCAACGUCACUGUUGUUGGCGGACGUAUCGGCGAAGUCGGUGUUGGUGGAUACGUUCUCGGUGGCGGCCUCAGUUUCCUCUCUACACAGUAUGGUUGGGCUGCAAACAACAUCGUCAGCUUCGAAGUUGUCCUUGCCAACGCUACCGUUGUCACCGCCUCCAACUCGAGCCACACCGAGCUUUACCGGGCACUGAAAGGAGGCGGCAACAACUACGGAAUCAUAACUUCGUACGAAAUGGUUGCACAUCCAAUGGGCGAGAUCUGGGGCGGAAACCUCGUCUUUACCGCCGACAAGACGGACCAGUUGCUUUCCGCAGUCCGAAACUUUACAGAUGACUACCCUGACGAGAAGGCGGCUAUCAUCAUGACCGCCGAGCUAACUGCACUCGGUGCGGUUGAUAUUUGGGUCAUGUUCCUAUUCUAUGAUGGUCCUAAGCCACCUGCUGGCGUCUUCGACAUCUUCACCGAUAUCAAGCCGCUCACGAACGACUGCAAGACGCGUUCUUACUACGAUUUGCUUACCCAUAACAACUUCGGGGUGAUCAAGGGAUCUAUCUAUACCAUAACUACGGAGACUAUGCCUGUGCCAUCUGUUGAGAAUGGUGCAGAGGUCAUGGGAGCCAUCCACACCAACUGGAAGAAGACUACGAGAGACAUCCUCGGGGUUGCCGGUAUAAUCGGCUCGAUUGCUUACCAACCCAUUCCUAAGAUCCUGGCACGUAAAGCUCGUGAAAUGGGUGGGGAUCUCCUCGACCUGGAUGACGACGUCAAUCGCAUCAUUAUGGAAUUCAACCUCUCAUACUGGUUCGAUAUCGACGAUCAUACUGUCGAUGAAGCCACAGGACAGCUACACUGGGGCAGUCGUAACCUCAUUACCGACUUCCAGAAGAGCGGCAAGCUCCCUGAUGCAUACCUACCUCUGUUCAUGAACGACGCCUACUUUAGACAGGAUUACUUCGCACGUCUAAGAGGUAGUUCGCUGUCGUUGGCACGAAGUGCAAGGGAUCUUUAUGAUCCAGAGGGAUUCUUCCGCACCCACACCAAAGGCUGGAGGAUGUGA